CCAGGGGUUUUUUUUUUUUUUUUUUUUUUUGCUGGAGCUUUAUUUUCUAUUUCUUUAAUUUAUUAAUUACUUCUUUCCAUCAUUUGUCUAGUCGUUUUUUGGGUUCUUAUUUAUUUUUUAUGAGGACGUUGUCAACUCGAUUGUUUGCAGCCUUAACUAACGUUUUAGAUAAUAUAAAGUUCAUAAAAUAACUUUACGAUGACAAGUUCAAAGGCCUAAACAUAACUAUAAAAACCAGACAUGCCUAGCUUCAAUCCAUCCAUCUCUCUAAAGACAAUGGCUUUUCAAAAGAUCAUCUCAGUCUUUCCUCUUCAAGUUCUGCUUGUUUUGUUGGCCUUAGACUCAAGCAAUGCGCAGAAAUUGAAAGUCGGGUUCUACUGCAAAACGUGCCCUGAUUUAGAGGCUAUUGUGUCAAGGACUACUCAUCAAUACAUAUCUAGGGCACCAACUCUUGCUGCUCCUAUUCUAAGGAUGCAUUUUCAUGAUUGUUUUGUUAGGGGAUGUGAUGGUUCUGUGCUAUUGAAUUCCACACCAAACAGUCAAGCUGAGAAAGGAGCAGUCCCCAACCAAAGCUUAAGAGGGUUCGAUGUCAUUGAUGCAGUAAAAUCUGCAGUAGAAAAGAAGUGUCCUGGUGUCGUUUCGUGUGCUGAUAUCUUGGCCUUAGUAACUCGUGACGCAGUUAGAAUGGUUCAUGGCUCAUUUUGGGAGGUUCCGACUGGACGAAGAGAUGGAAGAGUGUCAUUAGCCUCAGAGGCCAAUAGAGGCUUACCUCCUCCUUUUGCUAACAUAACUCAACUCAAAGCAUUAUUUGCAGCCAAGGGUUUAAGUGCUAAAGACCUAGCGGUUCUGUCAGGAGGACACACCAUAGGCACAUCUCACUGCCCGUCCUUCACAAAUCGCUUGUAUAACUUCACCGGAAAAGGCGACACAGACCCGAAAUUGGACAAAAAUUACAUAGCUCAGUUGAAGACAAAAUGCAAGCCAGGGGACACGACUAGCCGGGUUGAGAUGGAUCCUGGAAGCUUCAAAACCUUUGAUGAAGAUUACUACACUCUUGUAGCUAAAAGAAGAGGACUUUUCCAGUCUGACUCAGCUCUUCUUGAUGAUACUGAGACAAAAGCCUAUGUGACAAAGCAAGCCACAACUCGUGGAUCCACCUUUCUAACAGAUUUUGGUGUCUCAAUGGUGAAUAUGGGUAAUAUUGGAGUCCUUACAGGCAACAACGGUGAAAUAAGGAAGCAUUGUGCUUUUGUUAAUUGAAGGCAAUUAACUUCUAUAUACAUUGGGAAAUGAUUUUUGCGUGCUUA